CUACUACUACUACUACUACUACUGUCACUGCUACAUGUGAGGUUUGGGUGCUCACCUAGCCAACAAAUCAACCUAGCGACGACCCGACCGAACAAAGUCAAGAGUCUUGAACCGACGCAUCAGAAGAUGACAGCAACGCGCCCAACAGUAGUUGUAGGGGAUAAAAAACAAAGAAGGAAGGUAAGAGGUGCUAUAAGCUGCCGUGUGCUACAUGUGCUAUUUUUUUUUAUAAUUUGCAAAACAAAAACAUAUAAAAAGAAGUGGCCCUUUCUUUUCCUUCUUUUUCGUUUCUUUCUCUCUGAACAGCAGCAGUUUGCCCCUUUUUUCUUCCUCUUCCUCUCUUCUUUCUUUGUAGCUUCCAUCCAUUGUAAAGAAAUGCUCAACAAAUACAUUCUACUGUUGGCAUCGCUCACGGCGUUCGGCGCAUCAACAGCCCAAGCUGACGACAUGCUGCGUCGCGUACCAAUGCAUCGUCGCACCAACACCGGUCCCGGUAUGAAGACGGAGCCGAUGACCUAUGACAAUGGCGUGCUUGUAGGCACCGUACAGAUCGGUUCUCCAGCACAAGAGUUCCAUGUCAUGUUUGACACAUCAUCCAGUCUGUCGUGGGUGCCAUCCACCAAGUGCCAUAGCAGUGCUUGUCGCGACUACGGUCAUGCCCCUUACGAUGCCGAGGGCUCGAGCACUGCGUUCUCGCUCAAUCAGAAGCGUUCCAUUCGUUUCGAUGACCACAAGUGUGUCGAUGUCGAGUUAUACACGGAAACCAUGACCCUUGCCGGCCUCACUGUUGAGAACCAGCUCUUUGGCUCAGCAUACAGCGUCAGUAACAUUGGCGACGACAACUACAUCGGUUAUCUUGGUCUCGGCGGUUUCACGGAAGACGGCUCCGCUAACUUUAACGCCACAGACAAGAACAAGAAACAUCUCCACCGUCGUGCCUUCGUCAAUGCCAAUGGUUUUGCCCAGAACGCGUUCCAGACCAAUUACGGCCAGGGCUCACAGCAAUUCGGCAUGGUCACCUACGACCAGAGCGGCUUCUACGGCAAGAAGCGGUGGAACACACCCGAGGCUGAGUUCAUUUUCGGCGGCAUCGACCACGAUGUUUACGACGGCAAAAUCGCCUACUUUGCACUGCCCACCUGCGAAUAUGGCGACUCGCCUUACUGGAAGACGCGUAUGAACUGCAUCAAGCUCGGCAAUCUCGUUGAUAUCAAGCUUGCACACAAGUCACUGGCAUCGUUUAGUAGCAACAGCAACUUUAUCACCGGCCCGAAGCGCCAAGUCGAGCUGUUACACAAAGGAAUGGGUGCUCACUACGACACCGAAUCCCAGACUUACCAUCUCAAGUGCUGCGAAGUCGAGAAGCUGCCUGAUUUGACCUUCACCUUUGACCACUACCAAGUCACUCUGCCACCUACGCUCUGGACCAGAGAAAACGACGACGAAGGUGAAAUGUGUCACACGCUUAUCGCUGGCAAUGGCCAGGAGAAGGAAUGGUCCCUUGGCGGCGCGUUCCUAAACAACUUUUACCACAUCUACGAUCAAAGCAGCCUCAAGGUCGGUCUCGCCUUGCCAAAGGGAGAUUCCAAGGCCAAGAUCAAGAAGAUCGGAAGCCGCAGCAAGAAAAACAACUAAUAAUAAUAAGCGUCACUUGCUCUUUUUACAAACUCCAUUUACCCCUCACCUUCAUUCUGUAGCAUCCCCACCACCGUUUACCAUCAACAGGUUGUAGAUUUCUUCUUUUUUUAAAAAAAAACAACACACACAGAAAAUGAACAUAACAGACAUCGUACAUUACACAUCAACCCUUUCUUCUUAUCAACGUAUAUACUACAUCCAUUUUCCCUUCCUUUUUCUCUUCUUGUAUUUGCUGUAAAACAAACAAUAAAGACCAGUGUACUUUUUUUUUCUUUGGUUCCACA